AUGGUUGAGAAGAAGAGAAAAUCGAGAGACGGUAGACCACCAAAAUUUAACAAAAAGUCCAAAUUCAGUAACAGAUUCAACAAAAAAUCCGGUACGAGAACGGACGAGAAGAGGCGGACCGGUCCUCGUUUGCCUCAAUCUCUACGGAAAGAGCUCGAUCGAUUUAACCCUAAUGAUCAGCACAGCAGUGAAGAAGAAGAAGAAGAAGGUGUUAACAACGACGUUUAUGAAUACGAAGAAGGAGUGCCUGAAGAGGAAUCAAAAAAGAACCGCCGGUUCGAUACCGUUGAGAACUACGAGUAUGAGUUACCUGAGGAUUUUAAGGAUGAGAAUGUUGAUUCUGAUGAUGACGACGACCAUGACUUCGAUGGUGGUGAAAAUAAGAUUGCUGGCCGUAAUGGUAAAAAGGGAGGCCUAGAUCAACUUGGUGAUGAUGUUGAAGAUGAAGAUGAAGAUGUUGAACGACAUUUGAGGAUGUUGCAAGGAAUCACUGGAAUGCCAAGUCAGGCCUUUGAAGGCCCCAAGAAGAACAAAGUUGUUGUAUCCGAGGGAUAUCCAGAGUCUGAAUAUAAUCCUACUCGCGACAUUCUGGAUGGUGAUGGCCGCGUUGCUAUUGAAGACCUUCUGGAAAGCCUUCAAGGAAAGCCUGGUUAUAGAGAGCUUAGAAAUAUAACCCGUCAUGUGGAUAAAAAGGGAAAGCUGCUUCAAGCUCCACUUGCCAAGGAAGAUCGAGACAGGUUGGAAAGGAAGGCUGCUUAUGAACAAUCAAAGAAAGAUAUUACAAAAUGGGAGCCAUUGGUCAAGAGGAAUAGGGAGGCUCCUACCAUUAUUUUUGACAAAGAUACAGAUUUGGGGUUUUCAACUGUAGGGGCAAUAGCUUCUGAAUUUGAGCCUAGAACUGAGUUUGAGAAGAAAAUGUCUUCGUUAGUUCAUGAUGACAAGGUUAUGGCAGCACAUAAAGAAGAUGGGUCAAGGCUUCUUGAAUUAAAUAAGGUAUCCCUUGAAGAUUACAUAAACAACCAAAAUCAUAUUGCGAAAAUGCGCGGCCUUCUUUUUCGGCAUGAAGUGAAGAUGAAACGUGUCAAGAAGAUAAAAUCAAAAACAUACCAUCGGUUGUUGAAGAAAGACAGAUUGAAAGGAUCUGUAGGGAUGCCAAUGGAUGCAGAAGAAGCCAAAGAAUUGGCAAUGAAGCAGGAGUUUAAACGUGCAGAGGAACGCAUGACCUUACGGCACAAAAACCAAUCAAAGUGGGCACAACGCAUUGUCAAGCGUGGUUUGGAUGUCCAAGAUGAAGGUACUCGAGCAGCUAUGGCUGAACAACUCCAUCAGCAUGCUCUUUUGACUAGGAAAAUGAACUCUAUGAAGGACAGUAGCAGCAGUGAUGACAGCAGUGAUGAGGAACAUAGUGAAAAUGCGGGUGGUUCAGACCAGGACGAGGCAUCAAUGUUGCUAGCAAAAGCAAGAGUGAAAACACAGCAAGCAUUAGAAGAAGAUGAUGAAGUGCCUGAUUCAGGAGUUCUUGCUUUACCUUUCAUGAAAAGGGCACUGAAGAAAAAGAAGGAAGCAGCUGAUGAAGAAGGUAGGCUUGCCAUUCAAGAGUUUGAAUUGUCAUUGAAGCAGACCGAGGAUACAGAUGGGGCAGAAAAUUCAAAAAAAGGCGCUGUGAGUGGUAGAAGGGUGUUUGGUGCAUCCAAAAUGCAGGUUGUAGAACCGAAAAGUAAGAUCAGAUCAAGCAGUAUUUCUAGUGAUAGUGAAGCUGAGUUGGAAGCUGAAGAAGACAUUGAUGUUGGUUUUAGCAGAACAGAUGAUAUGCAAAAGAAUAUUAAUGUGAGCUCUGUUUUGCUUGAUGUAGAUGCCAACAUUCCUCAGGAUUCUGUUUUGAAGAUUUCUGAAAUUGUUAGAGAGCGAGGUCCCAAGACGACAUAUGAAGUUUCAAUGCUUCAAUCAGACACAUGGAAAAAGCAGAUGAGUAGCAGUGCAAAUGAAGUGGACACCAAUGGCAAAAGGUCUCGGAAAGUUGCUGAACCUGUUACUCAUAAUCAAGAUAUAGAAUUAGAGGAAGUAGGGGAGGAUAGUGAUUCGGAUAGUGAGGGACAGAUGGUGGAUGGGAUUUUGUCUUUAGGGAACAAAUCAUCUUACAAGCUUCCUUCCCAAGCAGAGCUUAUACGUGAAGCUUUUGCUGGGGAUGAUGUGCAAGAAGAAUUUAGCAAGGAUAAAGAGGAAAUUAUGAAUGAGGAAAAUCCUGAGCCUGAAAAACCUGUUCAACUUCCUGGCUGGGGCCAAUGGACUCGUGUACAGAAAAAGAAAGGUUUGCCUUCAAGGGUUUUGGAAGAGCAUAAAAAUGCAGAGAGAAAAAGGGAAGAGGCUCUUAGGAAAAGAAAGGAUGCACAUCUUAAAAAUGUUAUUAUCUCCGAGAAGUUGGAUAAAAAGGCAGAAAAAUUGCUUACAGGAACAUUGCCUUACCCAUUCACAUCAAAGGAAGUUUUUGAACAGAGCUUCCGCAUGCCUAUUGGACCUGAAUUCAAUCCUGCAACAGCUGUCAGAGCUCUUAAUCGGCCAGAAGUGGUGAAAAAACAAGGGCUGAUUAUUAAACCAAUCAACUAUGAGGAUGUGGAUCCACAUGAAAGAGGGGAGGAAAAUAGAGGAAGGGGACAGAAACAAGGACAGAAGCAAAGGAUAAAUCGGAGCCGAGGCAGAGUAAAGGCAGUAGUGGCGAAGUCAUGA